CUCCCGGCCGCCGCGCUCCCCGCGCUCCCGCUGGCACACGCGCACGCACACUCACUCACACUCGGCUGUACGAUGGCACAGUCCCACCUGCAAUCCUCCCUCAUCACAGCCUCACAGUUUUUCGAGAUCUGGCUUCAUUUCGACGCAGACGGAAGUGGCUACCUGGAAGGAAAGGAGCUGCAGAACUUGAUUCAGGAACUCCAGCAAGCACGGAAGAAGGCUGGAUUGGAGUUAUCACCGGAGAUGAAAACCUUUGUGGAUCAGUAUGGGCAGAGAGAUGAUGGAAAAAUAGGAAUCGUAGAGUUGGCUCAUGUAUUACCCACAGAGGAGAACUUCCUGCUGCUCUUCCGAUGCCAGCAGCUGAAGUCUUGUGAGGAAUUCAUGAAGACAUGGAGGAAAUAUGAUACUGAUCACAGUGGCUUCAUAGAAACUGAGGAGCUUAAGAACUUUCUAAAGGACCUGCUGGAAAAAGCAAACAAGACUGUCGAUGAUACAAAACUAGCUGAGUAUACAGACCUAAUGCUGAAAUUAUUUGAUUCAAAUAAUGAUGGGAAGCUGGAAUUAACUGAGAUGGCCCGGUUACUACCUGUACAGGAGAAUUUUCUUCUUAAAUUUCAGGGAAUCAAAAUGUGUGGGAAAGAGUUCAAUAAAGCUUUUGAGUUAUAUGAUCAGGAUGGCAAUGGAUACAUAGAUGAAAAUGAACUGGAUGCUUUACUGAAGGAUCUGUGUGAGAAGAAUAAACAGGAUCUGGAUAUUAAUAAUAUUCCAACAUACAAGAAAAGCAUAAUGGCUUUAUCGGAUGGGGGGAAGCUGUACCGAACGGAUCUCGCUCUCAUUCUCUGUGCUGGAGACAACUAGAGUUGGUGACCAUGACUACUUACUAGUGAUACAUCGUAUCUAAAAAAAUAACUGUGCACUAUAAGGGAGUAGGCUGUAUUUUCUUUUGUAUCUGUAAUUUAACUGCAUAUAGAUGAUUACCCGGGAUGUGUGGCACAUUCUUUUCAGCUUGUUUCUACACUGUUUGUAAUGUACAGUUUUUGUAACUACACGACUGGGGGAAAAAAAAAAGAAAAGUCUUAGGCUUAGGCCAGUCAACAGACCCAAUUGAUAAAAAUUAACAACCAAACAGAUUCCUGUUUUCACAAAUAUAGUUGGACAAGAUUUCCCUGAAGAUUCCACGAGGAUCAGUCUCUAAGAUUCUCGUCUGAUGUGUGAAUGCACAGGUCACCGAAUAGGAGACUUCUACCCAACCAGAGACAAUCAUAGGUCUGUCCCACAAAAUAGUCUUAAGCUGUAUUUUCGAUUAUUAGGAAGAAUGUGCUUUUACAUCUAAAAUACCAAAAUAUCAAUAGUUAGCUAUUUGUGGCUCUAGGAGUUUAAACAGUCUCACUAGAGAAGACUUAGUUCAUCAAUCAACAUGUCUACUGCUUGAAUCCAUACCAAGCUAUUGGUUCUAGGUAAUCUGAUGACAAGGAAAGGUAGCACCAGAUGAAACAAAUCUGUCUGAUUCCACAUCUGUACUUCCAAGAAGCCUACUGUCAGAGUAGGACCUUAAUUCAUUUUCUAAACUGUUUUCACGUGUUGCAGAUUAUAAUUAUUCUAGUCACCUGCUGUUUUUGUCAUUGUGUGAUCUCUGAUUAAAUUAUAUAUGCCGAGUAUC